AUGGAUCAUCUGUCAAUCGACUUGGAGACACGGGCAACUGAGACACACCUUGGUCACUAUUCAAAGAAAUGUUUUGGGGCCAAUGAGAUACGUCCUAGUCUUACAGUAACGGUCUCAGGGAGAAUGGGGUUCAUAUCUGAUACCACUUGGAUAAACAAUUGGGUUGGUUUGAAGGAUUCAGAGCGAUUGCUUGGACAGACUACAGAACUGAGCCCCCCUGAUACUUACUGCCUAAUUCAUGCCCCCAUCAGACGCUCCAUGAUCAGUCCAAUCAGAAAUUUCUUCAAUCAAACCGCACUCGUGCAGAUGGUAUUCCAUUACCUUCCGCUGCUUACAGAUGUGGUAGCGCUUCAAGGCCUGAACAGGGAGGUGGACCGUGUGGGUGCAGAGUGUGUGGCUGCCCGGUUUGACAAUAUUCUCAAGCCAUUUAUCAGGGAGCACAUGGCUGAAUUUCGCCUAUUGCUCCACACUGCUUCAGGAGUCAUUAACGGCUCUUGCGUGAUACAGAUGUUGCGGUCUGAUGGUGGUGAGCGCCCAAACAACAUCAACAUUAUUGUGCCAAAAGAUUGUGAUCUCUCACUGGUUGCAUUUAUCCUCAGCACCCUGGAAUAUCACCAAUUACAGAACACAGCUAUAAACUACUCUUACACAAAGGUCGUCAGCUCCUACUCUGAAUUUAGGUGUGGUCCGUUGAGAAUAACAUUGUCCCAAGCCUUCGCAGACAAUGUUUUCAAGGUGAUCAUGUCUUCUCAUACCACGGCUGACAUGACCGUGAUGACGGCUGGAGGGCUCACCGUUCUCUAUCCGUUAUGGACAUUGAAAGGUGUAGCCAUCACCAAUCACACUGUGCUAGACACUGCACCUGGAAAAAAUGUUGGUUGUAUGGAGAAACAAGGCUGGAACGUCUACAACACGACCUCCUUCCUGAAUGAACCCUGUGGUCCGCUGUGCCUGACAUUAUGGCAUAACGUGGCAGAUGUAGGCCCACACUCCUUUGUCAUGGAGUGGGACCGGAGAUUUCCCAUCAAGAGCAUGGUCGAGCGUUCCAAUGUUAUCUGGCGUCUGUCAGAUCAGUGUUCUAACAUAGAAUGUCCAUACAAUGCUGUCAUCAAUGGACGCAUGUGUCAUCUGCUGCCCACACCCAUGCCAUACGACUUGGUCAGCAUUGAGUUACAGAAGCAGCGAAUUGACCGGCAUGUGCCUCUGGUAACUGGAGACGUCGUCAUGGUGGAAUGUCAGCUCAAAUUGUGGACAAUAUCAGGCCGAAGAGACGGAAAUCCAGAAGAAAGGAACGGAACGAGGAGAUACCAGGUCAUGCUUAAAGAAAUGAUGCUCCUGCCCAAUGCCUCCAUCACCGCUAAGACAUUAGAGGACUACAUGGGUGAUGCAAAGGGUAAGCGCAAGGUGACUGAUGGGCUCGAUGACGAACAGACAUGCAAGAAAUCCCACACAGUCGAGUUCUCCGACGACUCAGGCUAUGUGGAGGACAAGGAGGUUGAAACGGAAGAAGAUGAGAUGCUGAUGAGAGAUGAUUAG